UUGUUUUCUGUUGCUUUCAAAUAUUAAUAUGAUUCAGAUAUCCAGAUCUUAAAAAGAGUUCCGACGACAUCUGCAGCGGCAGCAGCGCUCCGUCCCCAGGUUCUUCCCCGCCCUCCACGCCAACACCCUCGAUCCAGAUCGGCAGGUCCAGCUGAAAGAUGGACGCGAACAGGCGCCAGAGUGGAAUUCAGCAGUUGUUGGCUGCAGAGCAAGAGGCUCAGCAGAUUGUAAAUGCAGCUAGGGCUGCUAAGUCGGCAAGGCUUAGGCAAGCAAAAGAGGAGGCUGAGAGGGAAAUAGCUGAAUACCGUGCCCAGAUGGAGGCUGAAUUCCAGAGGAAGGUUGCAGAGAGCAGCGGUGACUCUGGUGCAAAUGUUAAACGUCUUGAGCAAGAGACAGCAGUAAAAAUCGAACAACUCAAUCAACAGGCCGCAAGUAUCUCCCCAGAAGUCAUUCAAAUGCUUCUGAGGCAUGUCACCACUGUGAAGAACUGAACGUUGAUGUGCCCUAAAAUAUGAUCGCAGCCUUGUAUUAUCUAUCUAUUUAUUUAUAUCAGAGAGUGGUAAUAAAUGGUUUGUCACUUUUAGCUGUAAUUACAUGUCCUUAAUCACUGAAUAAGCUGCUGCAGUUUAGCAGCAACCCUAUCUGGUACUAUCAGAACUUGGUGAUGAUUUGGUAUUGGUAAAUAUUGUUUUUCUUCA